UUGUGUAUUAAUUGUUAGUACCUGCAACCAGUUGGGCUUGUAAUACUAGCUAGCUAGCUCAAAAAUGACUCUCUUUGGUAAGGUGGAGGGUGAUGUAGAAAUUAAAGCUCCCGCUGAAAAGUUUCAUGAGAUUUUCAGCGGCAGGCCACACCACAUAUCCAACGUCACUCCUGAAAAAAUACAGGGUUGUGCUUUGCACGAAGGUGACUGGGGCGUUGAGGGCUCUGUCAUCUACUGGGAUUAUGUCCAUGAUGGGGAAGCAAAAGUUGCUAAGGAGAAAAUUGUGGCAAUAGAUGACACAAAAAAGUCGAUCACUUUCAAAGUGAUUGAAGGGGAUCUCUUGAAGGAGUACAAGAGCUUCGAAAUAGUUGUUCAAGCUACUCCCAAGGGUGAAGGUAGCUUGGUGCAUUGGACCAUGGAAUACGAAAAGCUGAAAGAUGAUAUUCCCGAACCCAACUCAUUGCUUCAGUUUGCAAUUGAUCUUAGCAAAGACAUUGACGCUCACCUUACCGCAUAGACAAGCUAGAAGGUUAUUUAACUUCUUGUUUAUUACUAUGCAUAUAUGUACUUCUACAAUAAAAGAUUGGGAUCGGAGUGCCACUGCGCCUACCGUGUGUUUCAUUCUAUCAUGCAAGUUUGUGUGUGUAUGUGAAUGUUAUUCUAUCAUAUAAGUCUCUAUUUGAUCCAUAUAUUUACUAUUUAUGGGUCAAAUGUAUCUUAACUGCAUUUGGGGCUUUUGUAAAAUGUUUUAUGGACUGUAAGUUAUGAGUGUUUUCUUCUAAGUAUAAUUUAUAUGCGAAUGUUUUAGCAGCAAUGCUGCUUAGUAAACUA